UCCUGGCGACGCGGCUGUGCUGGUGGCUCCUUCGCGGGCUGAUUCCCUUUCUUUUCCUGACGUGUGAGCUGGCAGUUAUGCUUUGGCUACUCUCUACUCCCAAGCUGGUUCCUGCUUUAGCAAGCGCCCGCGGCCUCUCAGGAUGCAUAUCAUGUUUACAGCGAAGAUACUCUCUCCAGCCUGUGCCAGAGAGGAGAAUUCCAAAUCGAUAUUUAGGCCAGCCUAGCCCCUUCACACAUCCACACCUCCUCAGACCAGGGGAGGUGACACCAGGACUAUCUCAGGUGGAAUAUGCACUUCGUAGACACAAACUGAUGUCUCUGAUCUACACGGAAGCACAGGAGCAAAGUGGGACAGACCAGACGGUGGUUGUGCUCUCCAAUCCUACGUACUACAUGAGCAAUGACAUUCCCUACACUUUCCACCAAGACAACAAUUUCCUGUACCUGUGUGGAUUCCAAGAGCCUGAUAGCAUUCUGGUCCUUCAGAGCCUGCCUGACAAGGAGUUACCAUCACAUAAGGCCAUGCUUUUUGUGCCUCGGAGAGACCCCAGUCGAGAACUUUGGGAUGGUCCUCGAUCUGGCACGGAUGGAGCAAUAGCUCUAACUGGAGUCGAUGAAGCCUAUACACUAGAAGAAUUUCAACAUCUAGUACCAAAGCUGAAAGCUGAGUCGAACAUCAUUUGGUAUGACUGGAUGAAGCCUUCUCAUGCACAGCUUCAUUCUGACUACAUGCAGAGUGUGACUGAGGCCAAAGCCAGGAGCAAGAACAAGGUUCGGGGUGUUCAGCAUCUGGUACAGCGCCUCCGGCUAAUCAAAUCUUCUGCAGAAAUUGAGAGAAUGCAGAUUGCUGGGAAGCUGACAUCACAGGCUUUCAUAGAAACCAUGUUUGCCAGUAAAGCCCCUGUGGAAGAGGCCUUUCUUUAUGCCAAGUUUGAAUUUGAAUGCCGGGCUCGCGGUGCAGACAUCUUAGCCUACCCACCUGUGGUUGCUGGUGGUAAUCGGUCAAACACUUUGCACUAUGUGAAGAAUAAUCAACUCAUCAAGGAUGGGGAAAUGGUGCUUCUGGAUGGAGGUUGUGAAUUUUCCUGCUAUGUGAGUGACAUCACCCGUACCUGGCCUGUCAAUGGCAGGUUCACCGCAGCUCAGGCAGAACUCUAUGAAGCUGUUCUAGAGAUCCAGAGGGCUUGUCUGUCCCUCUGCUCCCCUGGGACAAGCUUGGAGAAUAUCUACAGCAUGAUGUUGACGCUAAUAGGACAGAAGCUUAAAGAGUUGGGGCUCAUGAAGAACAGCAAAGAAAAUGCUUUCAAGUCUGCUCGAAAAUACUGCCCUCACCAUGUAGGCCAUUACCUUGGGAUGGAUGUCCAUGAUACUCCAGACAUGCCCCGUUCUCUCCCUCUGCAGCCGGGUAUGGUGAUCACAAUUGAACCAGGCAUUUAUAUUCCAGAGGAUGACAGAGAUGCUCCAGAGAAGUUUCGAGGUCUUGGUGUGCGAAUCGAGGAUGAUAUAGUGGUGACUCGGGACUCCCCUCUCAUCCUUUCUGCAGAUUGUCCCAAAGAGAUAAAUGACAUUGAGCAGAUCUGCAGCAGAACCUCAUGACCCCCAUUGCAACUCAGAUGCAUCUCAGGUUCAAAACAGGCGUGCAGGCAUCCCUGCAUGUGUGCAUUCUGAGUCUCCAUGCAUAUUUAUGCACAUGUUUUAUUUGGGAGUGCAGCAGCUAUAUAUGAUGUGUAUAAUCAUUACAUGAGCUUUUCUAAGUAGAUGGAAAAAUGGAAAAGUGAAUUUUGGAAUGAUUUCUUACUAUGACUUUAGUAACAUUAAUUCUGUAGAAUUAAUGAUCCAAACAAGUUUAAUUUUUAAACGUAAAA